AUUCUCACUCAUUCGAAAGGUUUUCGUGAUGGCUAGUGAAUUAUCUCAGUUGAAAAAACCAAUUCAUUUUUUCAAGAUCAUAGUUACUCAAAGUCUUCAUCAAGAAAAGCUUAUGAUACCAAGAAAGUUUGUGAAGAAAUAUGGAGAAUAUCUUCCAAAAGCUAUAUGUAUAAAGACUCCCAAUGGUGCAGACUGGAAAAUUAGUAUAGUAAAAAAUGAUGGAAACAAAUGGUUUGAAAAGGGUUGGAAAGAAUUUGCAGAGUAUCAUUCUCUAUCUCAUGGCCAUCUUCUUGUUUUCAAAUAUGAAACAACUUCCCAUUUUGAGGUAAGAAUCUUUGACAAGAGUGCCUUAGAGAUAAACUAUCCUUUCAAAAGAGUUGAAGUCAAUAAUGAAGAAGAUUGUAGAGCAACUCAAAAGAGAAAAUCUUACUCCUCCUUUGAAAUUGGAAGUACUAGUUGUGUUAAAGUUGUGAAAUCACAAAAGGUAGCAGCUGCAUGUCAUACUCACAAAAAGUAUCCUUUCAAAAGAGCUGAAGUCAACAAUGAUGAAGAUUGUAGAGUAAGUCAAAAGAGAAAAGCUUACUCCUCCUUUGAAAUUGGAACCACUAGUUGUGUUAAAAAAGACAAAGGGAAUACAGCACUUGAAAGAGCAGAAGAGUUCAAAACAUGCAAUCCAUCAUUUGUUGUUGUCAUGGGUGCAUCUUAUGUUGGAGGCCGUUUUCUUUUGUCUAUACCUUCCAUGUUUGGCAAGGCACACUUUGAUAUGGACAAGGAGAAAGGAUAUAUUUAUUUCCAGGUGUUGGAUCAUGGAUUAGUUUGGCCUGCAAAGUACUCAACCUGCAGAAGGUGCAAUGGAAGAAUAAUGUUUGAAGUUACAAGUGGGUGGAAGGAAUUCUCAAUGGACAAUAGUUUGAAAGUUGGUGAUGUUUGCAAAUUUGAACUCAUUCUUAGAACUAAUAUGACCUUUCAUGUUCACAUUUUUAGAAACACAAAUGAAGUCAACGCAGAUUGUUCAACAACAUCUGCAAAUGGGAUUAUUGUCCUAUGAUAUAGAUAGAGAAAAGGGAAUGAAAAUCAUCACAAUUCCAUCACCACUGGAAGAAUAUAUGUUCUUUUGAAUUAAUGAAGCUUAAUUACUUUUGGUUC